AUGAGAUUUCGAUCAUCAUCAGACUCCAUGCAACAUUUUAAAACGCUGAAUGAACUACAAAAGCCGAGUGACAGAUAUGUAUCAAUCCCUGUCGAAAAAUGGAUUAUCAAUCGAAAACCUCGGACAAAAUGUUUUCUAGUUAUUCAACUUCUCAAACUUAUUUCGGUCAUACUCGUUCCGUUAAUAAUUGGUGCAUUUACAGUCAUACAAACACUACAUGAUUCGAAAAAUUCUCAAUUAGCUCGUGAUGCUGAAUAUCAACGUCGUGUGGAUGAUAAAUUGAACCUCGACAUGGAACGACGACGUGAUGAUGCACAUGCCAUUGAACUACGCAUCCAACAAAUUUAUGACAAAUUUUUGUCAGACACUCAAGAGACUCUUCGAAUUUCGAAUGAAGACUUAACAGAAUCUGAUUUGAUAUUUUUAAGAGCAAGAACAUUAACUGCAGCGGAACAGAUGGAUCCAAAACGAAAAACAUAUCUCAUCCAAUUAUUGUAUGAGAGCCGGUUGUUAUACAGUAACGAGUAUGUUGGGAAAGCGAACUAUCGCUCUGUCGAUUUAGAGGGUGUCGAUUUAUCCAACUGUAAAUUCGGUCGUUCGGACGAACGUGAUUCAAUGAGCAUGAUGAAUCUAAAUGGACUCCGUGUAUCACGUACUCGUUUGCGAAAUUCAUCAUUUGAAAAUGUGAAUUUAACUGAUUCAACCUUCGAAAAUUGUGAUAUGACAGGGACAAUUUUCACAAACGUUAUUCUUAUUGAUGUAAAUUUCAACGAUGCCAUUGUUUAUCGUUCGAAUUUCAUCGAUGUUCAAUUCCAAACGAAACAAAUUUACAGAGGCAUGUUUCGAAAUGUAAUGUUCAUUGGAAGCCGAAUUUCGACAGGAAAUGAAGCAUGGUACAAUUGUGAUUUUGGUGGUUCAACAUUCAUUCAUACACGAUUUCCAGAUUUUCAAAUAAAAAAUUCCAUUUUUGAUCGAACAAAUUUUGUGAACGUUUCCAUGUUUAAUAAGUUUAAGGCUGUCACUGAGUUUCAGCUCGACAAACGUAAUAAACUUGGAACUGAUAUCUACACUGUUUCAGUUGAGACUAAACGUUUCAUGAUUUAG